UUCAUGGGCUGAGGAUGGGGUAUUCUUGAUGAUUGGGCACAGCCUGCUAGAUCCACCAGGAAGACAAAUUAAGGACUGUAGAAUCCUGUGGCUUUGAGCUUUCAAAGUGGGUCUUGUGUGACAAAGUGGCCCAAGUUUUCUGUCUUUAUUUUGGUGAAGCUCAGAAGAAACUGCUGUAGACAUGUUUAGUCGACUUCAAUUAGACACUCCAGCUGUGAUUUUUGACAAUGGGACUGGACUGUGCAAAGCAGGCUUCUCUGGAGAGACUGGACCCCGUCAUGUCAUCAGCUCUGUCGUUGGACAUCAGAAAUCGGACUUGUAUUUAGCUGAACCUGAUGAGAAGAUGUACUAUGUGGGGGAAGAUGCCCUGUCCAAGUAUGAUGCCCUAUACCUUCACUACCCCAUUGAGCGUGGCCUCAUCCUGGGUUGGGAUGACAUGGAGAGGAUCUGGCAGCACCUUUUUGAGUGCGAGCUGCAUGUGAAACCCAGUGCCCACCCUGUGCUCAUGACUGAGCCCUCCUUGAACCCAAGGAAGCUUCGUGAAAAGACGGCGGAGGUGAUGUUUGAGGCCUUCAACGUGCCUGCCUUCUAUCUGUGUAACCAGGCGGUCUUAUCACUCUAUGCCUCUGCCAGCGUCACGGGCCUGGUGGUUGAAAGUGGGGAUGGGAUCACUUGCACUGUCCCUGUCUUCGAUGGUUACGCCCAGGCUCAUGCCAUCAGCAGGCUAUAUGUGGCAGGAAGGGACCUCACAGAACACCUCACCCAGCUCCUCCUGGCCAGCGGGCGUACCUACCCCUUCAUACUCAACAGGGGCUUGGUGGGCGACAUCAAAGAGAAGCUGUGCUACGUGGCUUUCGAUACAGAGAAGGAGCUAAGCAAGAGGCCAGAGGAGGUUUUGAAAGAAUACAAAUUGCCAGAUGGAACUGUCAUUUGCAUUGGCGAACAGCUGUACCAGGUGCCUGAAGUCCUCUUUGCACCUGACCAGCUGGGCAUCCACAGCCCCGGGCUCUCGAAAAUGGUUGCCAGCAGUAUCCUGAAGUGCGACAUCGGCAUCCAGAUGACACUUUUUGGGGAGAUUGUGCUGGUUGGGGGCACUACUCUACUCCCUGGCUUUGAGGAACGCCUCUUGAAAGAGCUAGAACUGCUGACUUCCAAAAGGGCCUCCAUCAAGAUCAGGGCUCCUCUCGACAGAUGUUUCUGUGGCUGGAUCGGCGGAUCCAUCAUCACCACUCUAAGUACUUUCAGGCGGAUGUGGGUCACCUCUGCUGAUUUCAAGGAAUUUGGGCCAUCAGUGGUCCAGAGAAGAUGCAUUUAG